UGAACGUAGUUGUUGGAGAACAAUGGGAGUGCCUGCUCUGUUCAGAUACCUCUCCAAGAGGUACCCACGGAUUGUGGUGGAUGUCAAGGAGGAUGUGCCGGAUGAGGGCAAGGAUGAGGUGGAUACGUCCAAGGCCAACCCAAACGGAAUGGAGUUUGACUGUCUUUACCUCGACAUGAACGGCAUCAUCCAUCCGGCGUCGCACCCCGAGGACAAGCCGGCGCCGUCAACCGAGGACGACAUGUAUCUGGCCAUCUUCGAGUACAUCGACAAGGUCUUUGCCUGUGUCCGGCCACGGAAGAUUCUGUACAUGGCCAUCGAUGGCGUUGCGCCACGGGCCAAGAUGAACCAGCAGCGCGCGCGCCGGUUCCGCGCGGCACAGGAGCGCGAGAUGCGGGCUGCGGCCGAGGUCCAACUCCGCGAGGAGUGGCUGCGGCUCGGGCGCGAGGUGCCGGAGGAGACCGAAGGCGGCUUUGACUCGAACGUCAUCACCCCGGGCACGCCGUUCAUGGCGAAGCUCUCCGUCUACCUCCGUUGGUACAUCUCGCUCAAGCUCUCGACCGACCCGGGCUGGGCUGGCAUUGAGGUCAUUCUCUCGGACGCGCAAGUGCCUGGCGAGGGUGAGCACAAGAUCAUGGAGUUUAUCCGGGUCCAGCGGGCGCUACCCGGGUACGACGCCAACCAGCGUCACGUCAUUCACGGCCUCGACGCCGACCUCAUCAUGCUCGCACUCGCCACCCACGAGCCCCACUUUUACAUCCUCCGCGAGCGCAUCAUCUUUGGCCCGCCACUCAUCUGCAAGGUGUGCGGCCAGCCUGGGCACGCCGAAGACAAGUGUAAGUUUGCGUCGGCCGAGGCCAAGGCCGCGCUGGCCGGCGAGCGCAAGGAGACGAGCGCAGCAACGCCGUUCCAGUUCCUCCGCAUCCCGGUCCUCCGCGAGUACCUCGCCAAAGAGUUUGAGGGCCCCCACUACUCGGUUGCCGGAGGCAUGGACCUUGAGCGCAUCAUCGACGACUAUGUGUUUCUCUGCUUUCUCGUGGGUAACGACUUUCUCCCGCACCUCCCCUCGCUCGACAUUCGCGAGGGCGCCAUUGACCGACUCAUGGAGCUGUACAAGUCGCUCUUCCCCACCAUGGGUGGGUACAUUACCGAGAACGGGCGUCUGAUCUGGCCGCGGGCGCAGGCGGUGCUCGCGGCGCUCGCAGUCGACGAAGAGUCGAUCUUUGUCGAACGGGCGGCCGAUGCAGCCAAGCGCGACGCUCGCGACGAGCAGCGGACGGCUGAGAUUGCGUCGCGGGCGGCUGAGCGCGAGCACUGGAACCUCGUGCGCCGGUACGCCACUCACGUUCCGCGUGCGCCCAGCGAUGUCAAGGCCAUCGAGGACGCGCUGGCGGCCGGCAAGACGUCGUCGGCAACGGCGCGGCAGGCGAUGGCGGGCGGCGGUGCCCGCGAGGCGUCGCAGUACUCGGCCGAGGAUCUCGCGGCGAUGCUGACGCUGUCGGCAUCGGAGCCACGGCGCGAGCUAGCGGCGCGGACGCCGAUCCGCGACGCCGACCUCCUCGCCCUCUACGACGGCAUCCGGCAGGUCGCCUCGGGCCCGCCGGGCUCGGUCAAGGUAUUCUCAGAGCUAUCGGGCUUUUACCGCGCCAAGGGCCACGCGUACGCAGAGACGCUCGGCCUCGAGCACGACACGCUUGGCGGGCACCCGCACCAGGCGCUGCGCGUGACCAAGACUGGCAGCAAGCCUAUCGACGACGCCACAGCCUUUGCUGCCGACCUCAAGAGCGCGGUCAAGAGCGCGGCAACCGUCUCUGACGCCGACGCCGAGAACAAGACGCGUCUCGGUGACUUUGGAUGGCGCGAGCGGUACUACGAGCUCAAGUUUGGCAGCGCCGGAACCGAUGUGAGUGUGGUGGCACACGCGUACGUGGAGGGCCUCGCCUGGGUCCUGCAGUACUACUACUCGGGCGUGCCGUCGUGGAACUGGUACUACCCUUAUCACUAUGCGCCGUUUGCGACCGAUCUCGCGUCACUCGAGACGUUUGAGGCCAAGUUUGAGCUCGGCAAGCCAUUCAAGCCGUUCCAGCAGCUGAUGGCAGUCUUCCCAGCUGCAUCCGGACACGCCAUUCCGGCGCCGUUCCGCGCGCUCAUGACUGCUGACGACUCGCCGAUCCGCGACUUUUACCCGCUCGACUUUGGCCUCGACAUGGAGGGCAAGCGCUACGCAUGGCAGGCCGUAGUCCUCCUCCCGUUCAUCGAUGAAGCACGGCUGCUGGCGGCGCUCGAGCCGCUGGAGGCCGAGCUCACGCCCGAGGAGCGAGCUCGCUCGCUGCCGGGCCUCACGUACUACGCGGUCCGGGCUGACGCUUCGGUGGCCCAGACGCUCGAGCUCUCAGAGUUUGCCGCGAGUGCCGAUGCUGCCGCGCCUCAAGCCAACAGCGGGAAGCAAAAGCCUGGAUGGGCGCUAGCACUCGUCGCGGCGGGCUGUAAGGAGUGGCCUGGCGCCAUGGCUGGCUUUGUCUGGCCGUGCGGCGCAACCCGCCGGCCGGCCUCUAUUUAUCCUGCCGAGCCGUUCAGCGGGCGCGACCCGUCAAAGUACUCGAUGAUCCCGUUCGACAACAAUGCACUGAUCCUCGCGUACGGCCUCCCGCCCAAGCGGGCCCACCGACCGUUUCUCAUCCCGGGCGCCCAGCGGCCCAAGCCGAUCCUGCGCGCACACGACCGCCCGGUCCGCGGGCGCGGACGCGGACGCGGGCGCGGGCGCGGGCGCGGGCGCGGGCGCGGACGCGGGCGUGGACGUGGGCGUGACUACUCGCGCGGCUAUCAGCAGCCCGGGCGCGGGGGCUACUCGCGGGUGCCGCAACGCGACCAGCCGCGUGGCUUCCAGGCUGCGCCAAGCCUCAUGCCACACGUCCACGGCCAUCUGCCUGCGCGCCGGAUCAUGCCGACCGCGCACUGGACACCAAACCCAUUCCCGCACCCGGGCCCUGCUCCGUGGGCGGGCGGCGGCGCAAGCGGCGGCGCGGCCAGCAGUCACAACGGCAGCAACGUGUCGCGGCCGCCCCUCCCUGCUGCGCCGCAGGAAUGGGUCCCGCCGCGGGCACCGGGCGCGCCACCGGCGCCGCAGCGGCCUGGCGGCCCCGCUUCGUUUGGCGGGAUGUACGCGCCGCCGCCGGCAUCGUCUGCGCCAGCACCGCCGUCGCGCAAGCGGCAUUGGCGUCCGCAGUCGGGUGACACAUCAGCUGGGCGCGGAGGGCAGAACAGCGGCGGGCGCGGCGGUCGGCGCGGCGGCGGACGCGGUGGUGGGCGCGGUGGAAACCGGUCGGCAGCGGCAUCGAUCCGCGAAAUGCUGCGCAAGAAGCGCAAGGGUCUCGAUGGCGACUUUAUUGUCCCACAGUAGCUCGUGUUUCAAGCGUUUACGCCCAGUCUCUGCCUCUGCGCUCGGGCACAUGUCUGUGAGCCGUGGAUGCGGGGGAUUGUUGUCGACUAUGCAGCACAGCGAUUGGCAAUUUCAUAGCCAGCAACCUUCAUGAAGACUCGCCGGCAGGGACUGCCCUGCGGAGCCGCAGCAAGAGUUGAUAAUGCCGUUUGCGGGCCGUUUGCGUGGCUCGCAGUGAUGCUUGUCGGGUAGCCGUGCCUCUAAGGCGCUGCGGCUGGUGGCGACUAAUGUGUCGGUGACAGGCAGCGCCACACGUGUGUGCGUCGGAUGCUCGCGUUUCCACUACGUUUGACAUGGCUGGACAAACGUCACGCGGUGCAUUGGUAGCUCAGCGAAGCUGGCUGAUGCCGGAGGGAGUGUCGCUGUAAAGGCUAGAUGCUUGCGGA